CAGACAGAGAAAGAUCCGGAAGCAGAAGUUAAUGAAUAUUUAGGCCGUGCUAUAGAUGCUAGAAGUAUAGAAAGAUUACGUUCCGAACAUGUUAAAGGAUUUUUUCUUUCCUUUCGUAAAAAAGAACUCGAAGAUAAGGUAGGGCUUCUAUUUUUUAUAACAUUAUUGAAUUGUGAACAAAGCUUUCAGCAUUUUAUAUAG